AUGAUGCCUGCAGUGUAUACAUUUCUAAAACGAAGUGAUAGUGAGGUACUUCAAGAACUUCUUAGGGUGCUGGGGUCUGGUCGAGGUUCGGUCAAAGAGAAGUGGAGUAUUGCUGCUGAAUGCCUUGUGGAAACAGGCUGUGACGCGGUGUGGAAGCUUUCCAAGGAGUACUGCAAGAAAUUCGAAUUAAGAUUUCCGUGUGUCGCAUAUGUUACUAUCACAUCAGUUCUAUUUGAAGAGCUAUAUGCCACAGUGGAAGUGUUAAGUGUUCAGCACGAAAGUAUGUGCUUACCAGAAAUAGUACCUGAUGUUCCACUCAUGGAACUCUGGCCCACAAUCGAACAGAGGGAGGAUUAUGUCAAUGCUGCCACUACAGCGGCCUUUAUUGAUCUUCUAAGAUUCUUUUACAAUAACAUAUGGAUGCCGUGGGAUGACCAGGAUGGUAUGAUAUUAACAUCAAAAACAAUUGAAGAUCGCAUGGAGCUCUGGUGUGAGAUACACAAUGGGAUCAUAAAUAAUAGAGUUGCCAGAUCUAUCAAAUUACUACGGACAAGUGCCAUAAAGGCUCAUGAAGAUUUGUUGGAGCUGGAAUCUCUAUUUAAUGAGGACAGUGAUGAAAAUGAUUCUAUGUUACCAGCUGACAAUAUGUUAUACUUGUGUGCGGAACUAAAUGCUAAAUUAGAGUCACUGCGGGCACAAUGGAGCAAUUUGUAUGAAAACCCAUCUGUACGAGAGCAAUAUUUGGCAGAGUCUAAAAACAAAUGGCAGAAGGACAAGAGUAAAAUAAAUUGUAUAGCUAUAUGGCCAGGUGGUCCAAGCUCUGAGUUCCAAAAUAUGUCAAAUGUCUUCCAAUCACACCUCACAAAUGAGCACCUGCUGACAAUAACGCCUACAGCUGAAGACGGCUUCUCCCGAGAACCAGAUGAGGUCAUAAUAUGUACAGACGUCUGUGAAAUACCUGAAAUACAAUUAUCAAAGGUCUCCAUGUGCAGUUGGAAAGGGGCAACACUUAAAGCGGACGAUAUGCGUGCGUACCUUCUUGUCUUGAGCGAGACGUGCAAACUAAAGCAGCUAACGUUAGACUGCGAACAUGUAUCAACAGUUAUCGUCAUGCGAGCUGGUACAUUGCAUAUGACUGAUUGUUUUCUUAUCAACAAACAACGGACGGAUUUAACACAAGGGAUCGUUGUGAAAAGUGGUACAAAAAUUCUUCUAGAAAAUUGCGUUUUUGAAAAUUUUUUCUCCGGCAUCGUUGUUCAUCGAGGUGCAGAGGUGGAGUUAAGGAAUUGCAAGAUUAGAAAAUGCGGUGUCGGCAUUCAAAUGUUUUCGGAUUGUAUCAUCAAGUUGGACAAGACUGUGAUAGAAGAAUGUUCAGAGCAGAGUAUACGCGGUGAAUCGGUUGACCUUGCUGAUGGGGACAGUAUAAAAGGUCUCCACAUUGAAAAUAACUGUCGGAUCGGCUCCGGUGAUUUGAAGAAGGAAAUUUUUAUCGCAAGAGAUAUAGAGAAGUAA